GAAGUGCUCUUCAAUUACUCACAUGUGGACAGGGAUUUUAAUACUGACGGGAACGUGCUCGCUGUGUUGUGACACAACCUAGACAGUCAAGCGAGUGAUGAAUCUUAUGGUUCCCAUCACGUAGGCUACUUGGAAUAUUAAAGCCUUGAGCAGCCGCAGAGGCAGCGUCGGAAAUCUUCACGACAAAUGAUAGAAUGGAAAGCUUGGAGCUGAGCCUGACAUCUCUAGGUGCAAUCUCAAGACAUAUCGAUAAAAGUCACAACGAACUCAGCAAGUAUCUCGCAAAACAGAUAUGGAGUCAGCAGGACAGGCAGUGUGUACUGGAAUGUCUUGUACAGCUCCUGUUGGAGAAGGAGUACACUCUCCUCAUUGCUCGUCACUUACGGCCACUGAUCCUGGACCUGUUGGAGAGGAAUGCUGAGAGGAUCAAAGUAGAUGUCAGGCUGAAUCAUGACCUCCAUGAGCGCUUGUGUGUGGCUCUAAGCAAACUUCUCAACAUCAGUCCAGAUGCUCAAGUGUUUGCAGUGAGGUAUUUCAGCAGCUCUCCCCCAGUAUUUCAGAGGCUCUUCUUCACCAGCGAAGAGGCUGCCUCCAUCCAGUAUGGGCCUAGAAGAAUGAAGUUAAGGGACCUGAUGGGGGCCACCCUCCGCUUCCUCCAAAGCGACUGUGAGAAGUUCCGUGUCCUGUGGGACUGGAGUGCCUUGUGUUUCACAGCUUCUCACCAGUGACGUCAUGGUCAGAAGUUACACUGCCCAGUGCCUUGCCCUGGUAUCCCACAUGACAGAUAACCAGAAAACAAUAUUUCUGAGGAAGGUACUUUCGAGUGAUGAGAUUCUGCGUCUGAAAAUGAAGUAAGUUUCAUUAUCUUUUAUUUUAU